AUGGGGUCUUCCAAUGGGGAGCUAAGUUCGUGGUCUAACAUCUUUGCAGGUGUGUUGCGCGACCUUGGGAUCGACCCCGAGGAGAAGAAGAAGAAACCGGGUAAGAAGAAAAAGAUCAUUACCAUCGAUGCUGAGGUGACUAGUAAGAAGGGUGGAAGUAGCCGCGCGAUUGCCGGUGCUGCUGAAAAAGGUACUCUACGCUUUCGUCAGAAUAACUUGGAGGAUUACGUUAUUAUCAGUGACUCACUUGAAGGUUUGUCGCGUAUAGGCGAGAAGAAGACCAGUGCCACUGGCUCAAAGAGCUCGGGGAGCGCGGGUUCCCGGAACUCAGAUGCUGGAGCUACUCCAUCAUCCAUCACGCUUGAUGACGAAGAAGAGGAGGAAGUAGAAGAAGAGCCUGUUGAGAAGUUAAUAAGCAGGAAGAGAAGUAGGGAGGAGACUACAGCUGAGGCCAAGAAGAAGACCCCUGAAAAGAAGGGUGUUGUGUUUAAAGACCCCCCAGAGCCGGCGCAAAAAAGAACCAAGGUUACAAUCAAGCCUUUCAAGACUCCUGGGUUAGAGACUGAGAAAGAGAAAAAGAAGGCUGCUGAGAAGCUUGUUGAUAAGGCUGCUGAAAAAGAGAAGGAGGGAGAGAAAAAGAAGGCUUCUGAAAAGCCUGUUGGUGAUAAUCCUAAGGAGACCGGGGCCGCUGCUACUACUGCACAUGAGAAAGCGCAGGAUCCGGAGGUCGUCCAUAUCUCGGGGCUUGACCAACCCCUUCAUGAGAAAAAUAAAGAAACUAUUCAAGGCAAGGGACCCGAGGUUGUUAGACCCACCGAGCCGGCGCAGGUUGAUGCCCCCACUCAAACUGCUCAAGUUACUUCUGCUGCUGGGGGUCAGCUGCUACUAUGCAUAAGGAGGCUACGACUGCUGCAGGUGGCGCGGAAAGCUAAGUUCAAGUCCGAUAGGAAAUCGGAGGAGUGGGGCCAUGAAGGCCUUAGGGGCAAGCUUCGUGCUGCUGAAGAUCUCUUGGCAAAGGAGCGCGCAGAGUGA